AUUCCUGCAAUGUUUGAGCUGUUUAAUUCUAGUGGAGUAUCUUAUAAUCUUUAGAAGGUCUUCAGUUACAAAUGUGUAAUACUACUUAUGACACAAGGAUGGACUUCCUGCGGAACUAUAGAAACAAGAAUUUUACCAGCUUUGGUCGUUGCGUUUUUGUUUUAACCCUAAUUAAUUUAAAUUUGCUUUCAAAGUAACUGAUUGACUAUUACGAAGUCUGGAUGACGUUACGUGUAAAAUCUACCCGCAACUUGUGCAGUUGUUGACAAUAAAUGUAGGUAUAAUAUUGUAAGCAUGGUUUAAUUAGGUAAGUAGUUGGAUAUGAUUUAGACAGAGCUUGCCACUAGCGCAGCUGCCACGCGACACCCACAAACCGAUACUCUUCAGUAUACUUAUCUAUCGGACUUUUUGUAAAUUUAUUUACGCUUAAAGUACUGACUGUGUUUGUUAAAAAGUUAAGUGAUUUAACCUUGGACCAGGACCUUAUAUUCUUAGUACAAUGAGCCUGUUCCCUGACAAGGGCCACUCGUUGCUGGAGCCGCCGACGCCGGCCUACAGCGCGGUGACGGUGCGCCGCGCCUUCCUCGUCUGGCUGCACCUCGGCCAGCAGCACGAGUUCCGCCACGUCUGCAACUACUACCACCAGCUCGAGAACCUGGAAGAGCAACUGUCAGUGGAGCAGCGCGCGGCCAGCCGCCGCCUCGAGUUCAGCCUCCUCUCCGACUACCCAUCGGUCACCUUCUACACGAUGCAGCAGUUCCCCAAGCUAUACCGACAGACCAAGAUCACCAAAAGCAACUUCAAAGAGAUAGAACAAGCCACUUUAGAAGACUGUGUCUUCAACCUCGAGGGCUACUACGACAUGAAAAUACAGAAGGGCGUCACCACAAAGGAAAUUAUCAAAACAAGUCAAAUCAUCAGAAAGUAUUGCAAAACUCACGCCAAAAGCCUCAAGCAUUUCCUCCGAGAAUUUUGGGACUUUGCAAAGAAAACGGGAUCCACGAACUCCGUCCAUAACAUCUCGAUGUAUAUCUUAAAGAAGAACGUCAAAGACGAAAUCGAUACUUGGAAGAAUAUUCCGAUACAUUUUAGUUUCUUGGACAUUGAAGUAGAUGAAAACGUAAUUAAUAACACCUGUGAGAAACUAACCGAUCAUGUAAAAUCUUCAAUUAAAGACAACUUCAUUGUAAACGAAACUAAAAGUACUCACAAAAUAAAGAUUCUUAUCAAUGAGUCGAGGAGGAAAGAGCUUCUGAACCUGAUUCCAAAUUUACCUGAAGUGACUGCAAAGAAAGUCGUAAACUAAUGCUACCCUUAGCAUGUAACUUCCGAAAAAUAAUGAACUAAGUAAUAAUUUUCUUUUGAAUCUUGACUGUUUACACUAAGAUAAGAUAGAUGGCGCUGUUACCAAUAUCUCACCAGUGAAAUGCAUUUGGGAUCAGGUGAUUUGGAUUACUAAUAAAAUGAGAUGGAUUCAGUGUAAUAAUAAGUUCUGCACACAGUUGUGUGAAGGUUUUCUAUUUUUAGUUAUUAAGUGAUAAUGAUAGAUGUAUUUUGUGAUUUGGACAUUAAAUUGACGAUGAAAACAGUAAACAGAUGUUUUAAAUUCUAAGAAUAUUCCGAAAUGUUGUAUCGAAUCUUAAAGAGACUUUAUUAAAUGCUGAAUUUAAUUAAUACAACAUUAAAUUAAAUUUU